AUGCAUCUAUCUCCACAAGCUAAAUCUGAUAUUGAGUGGUGGUUAAGAAACCUACCAUGUUCGUUUAAUAUUAUUGGACAUCCUCCUAUUGAUGUUAUAAUAUACACCGAUGCUUCACUCACUGGUUGGGGAGCAUCAAAAGGAGAACAGUCCACAGGUGGCCAUUGGACUGAGGAUGAAGCCAUGAAUCAUAUUAACUACCUUGAGCUAAUGGCUGUAUAUUUUGGCUUGAGGUCAUUUAUAGAUAAUAUUAGAGGAAAGCAUGUUAAACUAAUGAUAGACAACACCACAGCUGUAGCUGUGGUUAACAAUAAGGGUACCUGUCACAGUAAGCCAUGUAAUUCAGUAGCAUGUAAAAUAUGGAAUUUUAGUGAAGCAAAUAGGAUUUGGCUCACAGCGGCACAUAUUCCAGGGGUCUUCAAUGUGAACGCUGAUUUUGAGUCAAGAAAACAAAAUAUUGACACUGAAUGGAUGUUAGAUUCUCAUUUAUUACGGAAAUCACUGUCUGAAUUGUCAGUAGAACCGUGUAUUGACUUAUUUGCAUCUAGAGUGAAUAAACAGUUGAAAGACUAUGUAUCAUAUAAACCUGAUCCAUAUGCAAAGCACAUUGAUGCAUUUACCAUAUCAUGGUCAAAUUUAGUAUGUUACUGUUUUCCCCCAUUUAGCUGCAUCCUCCGAGUAAUACGGAAAAUAAUGGAGGACAAUGUGGAAGCAGUCCUUGUAGUUCCAGACUGGACAUCUCAGACGUGGUACCCACUCUUACUGAAAAUAUUAAUUCAACCACCAAUACGGCUACAAGCAUCCAAGAGGCUGUUGAUAAUGCCCUCCCAGCCGGAUCUAAUUCAUCCCUUACACAGCAAACUGAGAGACUUCUUAUUUGUCAUGUAUCAGGAAAGCAUUGCAGAACAAGGGACUGACAGAACCGGCGCUUUAUGA